AGUUAGUUGAGAGGCAUAUUAGCACCAGAAUGAACUUCUGAAAAAAAAAAUAUUUUAAAAUCAAUGAACUCAGCCAAGCACUUUCUGUAUUGCCUCUGCUAAUUCUGGAGCUAAGUAUGUUUGAAUAGAAAUGUGUCUCCUUAACCUUUGUUUAAUCAGUUGGCCGAUUCUGCAGUGAUCCUAUGUUCUAUGUCUGCAAAAUGAGAUUUGCUGCUACAGCUUUACUGCAGGGUCAAGUAUGAUGAAAAAGUAAUUUAAGCUUCUCAUGCUUUUCUAACAAAGUGGAUGAAGAGAAAGCAAGGUUUAAAGCAAUCAAAUUGUACCUAAAUUCACAAAAUCUGAUGAUCAACUGUUAUUUAUAUAAUAUAGAGGGGGAAGAUAGUUUGGAAACAAGAAGGAAGCUUCUACUGAGGUAUAAUUCUGCAGGGCUUGCUCCCACCGUUGAGAUCUUCAACAGCACCUAUUCUCAGAUCUUCUACUUCAAACUGAUAAUGCAAGAUGAAGACCUUGAAAGUACUUGGAGCAUCGAUAUUCCCAGAGUAAACAUUACAUAUAAUACUGACAUUGCUCCAAUAGAGGAAUGGUUCCUAAAAUUCAGGAUGCAUCAUGGAUUAAAUAUGUUUCCCACUGAAGGAACGUUACUGGAUAUUCUCAGAGAACCAAUUCUUCAAUGGCAACUUGGUGAAAGAAUACCCGCUGAGCACCUGGAUGCUGUGCUGCCUCAUGUAAUAAAUAUCACGUUGUCGGCAUCUCCUUGUGCUAAUGAUGUGGCAGUUAUUGGUCUCAUCUGUAAUGCUACAGCUCCUGGUGUGUAUGUCGGUGUUACCUACGCUGGAUUCGCAUUUGACAAUACAACAUGGUUCAACAUGACGAGGAGCCUGUGUCAGAGCAAUGAUGAUGUGUGUGAUGGCCUCUCACUUCUGAAGAUAGUCUUAACGAAUCACCAUUUAGUGCUGCUUACCACAGUGGGCUUAUACAUCAGUGAAGAUCUAUGCUAUCCUACUGGAAAAAUCCUAACGUUCUAUAAUGUGACCUUUUGUGGCUUUGAAAUGCAUGAUUAUUUCAGCGCAAAUUUAUGGUAUAAUACUCAGUGUCUAGCCAACAGAGAAACCUAUGAAGAGGAUGUUAUUAGCGUCACAUUCAACAAAGAGAAGUCAUGGAGCCUGUUGUCAACCUGCUUUUACAGUUAUUCACCUUUCGUUUUUUGGUCAAAUUGCCUUCCUCUAAGGUCCUUUGGCAAAAAGAAAUUUUCCAAAAGACCGAUAGCAUUCCUCAUGGAUUACCAGCAGAAUACAGGAGUCAGUAUUUACAAGACUCAGAAAAGGGCAUUGGUUGCUGUUCAUAAGCUAACAAGACGCAGACUGAGUAAGAAAGUAAAAUUUCCAAUGUUUCAAUUUCCAAACAGUGGUUUUAUGCCAUAUGGAAUGUUCUUCCACCCAGAGACUCAUUUUCUCUAUGUUUAUGGAAAUGAGGUGUGGUUAUCCAGUGAUGGAGGCAACUCUUUCCACUUAUUAUUCAGUCUUGAAAAAGAACAUAUUGUUAAAACAAACACCUGUGUGUACACUCAUACAGUUGCAUUUGUGAGUGACAAAGGAAGCAUUUUCUUUAGUAAGGCAGGCUUGGAAACAUAUGCCAGGUCUGUGACUUCAACAAAAAAUGUUUUCAGUUUAUACUGUGACCACCUGGGAGAUCUGCAUCUAAUUAAUUUUAAUAGCUCAAAUAUGGAUAGACUGAGCAUAAGAAAGAUAGACGUUUUAACAUCAGCAGAGGAGUUAAACAAAUCAUUUGACAAUAUACUGGCCCCACAAUAUAUCACAGAACAGAAAAUUAUAUUUUUUGAGUAUAAACCAACCAAAAAAAAGAAGAGGCGGCCCAAGAGGUCACCUGUUCGUUUCCUGCAUAAAGGUCAAGUUAUACAAUACCGGCCAGUUGGAGCAGGUCUGAUAGUUGACGAAUUCCCUCUGGGAUAUUCUCCAUAUUAUUUGUCCGCUGUCAUCGUAAAUGUUCUUGAGAAAUUCCCCAUUGAAUCUGAAGAAAGCAGUCCCUGCAUAAAGCACACAUUGACUGUUACCAAUGGCUCAGGUGACUAUAACGUAACACUUCGCCUUUCACGUCCUGGUAACGAUGGAUUUAGAAUCACUGAUGUGGAGAAGACAGUGGUGAUUCCCGGGAGCAGCAGCUUCCUGAUCACGGCCAUUGUGGACAAUGAGACAGCGAAAGCAGAGCCCACCAUGCCUGAGAAGGUGCCCUUCGAUGUAGGCAUUCCAUCCAGCCAAUGGUUCAUGCACAACUUUGGUACUACAAAUGGAAAAAAAUGGGAGCUGAAGGUAGACACAUGCAGAUAUUCAGUACAACAGAACACUCAUACAGCAAGGAAUGUCAUUAAAUACUUGGAUCUGGACACAACCUACAAUUUCACAUUUAGAGUAAUUCCUCAAUAUUCAGCCUACCCAAUGUUUCAAAAGCGCCUGAUAAGCCUCUUCAUUGGCAAUCCGUCGCUGCUGGAAGUGACUACGAAAGAGUACUGGGAUGAAAUUGAUGGCUACAUCCUGCAGUUCUCUGUUCACAACAAAUUUAAUCAGCAAGGUAAAUCUUCAAUAGCUGUGGUUAUCCCGGAAGCAUCCUGUAUUUGUCAAACAUCAGCAUUUAUUAUAACACUGAAGACUGGCUGCUUGCAUGGGAAAUCAAUUCAUUACAUUUCUCCAGUUCCAGUGACUCCUGAACUUUGGCUGCAGAAAGCACCAAAGGAUGACAAUGGUUUUCCUAUCCUAAAGGAACUGCCGGUAAACUACAGACCUCCAUCUGUAUAUGGAAUAGGUAUUCCAAUCAGUGAUAACUUCUAUAAUGCAGACCCCAGCAAGCCAAGAAUGAGAAACUAUUUUACAGAUUCCAAAGUUUCUGGAUUUUAUAAGAAGUGUGCUAACAAGUCAUCUAGAGCUGAAUGCAACUGUACCUUGGCAGAGAAAAUGUCUUCACUUGAAAUUUUCUCAGACUGUACAGAGAAGGUUUUAAGAAUGAGGUAUCCAGUUACGAAGCUUCCAAUCCAUUUCAAACUUAAGUAUUCAAAUUCCAUUAAAAAUCUGACCUUUCCUUAUUUUGUCACAAUUAAGGAAGUCAACCAAAGGGAAAACUGGGAAGUGAGAGGUAUCAAUGAAACAUCAGGCAUAUUAAAAAUAAGAUUCCAUUUAACUAAAAAACUGAAGACUACCGUGUAUAGUCCAGAUUCUCUGAUCUUAAGCCUAUAUGGAUCUGAGCUUUUCCAUUUCAAGGUAUCAACUGUUCCUGGAGUUUCCCACUGUAACUUAUCUGAUGAAUUUCAGAUUUAUGUAGAUGAGGCUCCGCUGGCCUUUCCAGGAUCGUUUCUCAUAAGUGCAUUAACAGCUUUAUUCAUAGGAAGCAUUAUCUUUGUGGCGUUUCUUGUACAACUGUAUCAAGUAAACAUAUGGGAGGAAGUGAAACGUAAAUGUGGACGAUUCAACAAAGUGUCACCAUCAGAAAGUUCCAGUACUGCUGCUGCCACUUCGGCCUCUGUGGGGGAGCAGUCUUAAUUAGCUUAGUUAGGAUU